AUGUUACGAAUAGUCUCGCGGCCUACGUCGGCGGGACGACUCGGGAAGGUCAUUUCCUCUGGCUCUUCGCAUAAAGGUCGUAGAACGAUAUCAUCCUCGUCAGCUAGACAUGCCGACAUCACGCUGACCGUAGACGGGAAGGAAGUAACGGUACCUCAAGGCUCUGCGUUGAUACAAGCUUGUGAAGCUGCAGGAGCUGUUAUACCACGUUUCUGUUACCAUGAUAGACUUGCCAUUGCAGGCAAUUGCCGAAUGUGUCUAGUGGAAGUAGAACGUUCUCCGAAGCCUGUCGCAUCCUGUGCUAUGCCUGCCAUGCCAGGGUCCAAGGUAUUCACGAAUACCCCUCUAGUGCACGAGGCUCGUGAGGGUGUUAUGGAGUUCCUCUUGGCAAACCACCCACUUGAUUGUCCUAUAUGUGACCAAGGAGGAGAGUGUGAUCUUCAAGACCAAUCUAUGCGCUAUGGUUCAGACCGUACUCGUUUCCACGAGGUCACGGGCAAACGUGCCGUUGAAAACAAAGAUCUGGGCCCACUGGUGAAAACUUCCAUGAACCGAUGUAUCCAAUGUACGCGUUGUGUUCGUUUCGCCAAUGAGGUGGCAGGAGUCGAAGAACUCGGAACUACCGGACGAGGUAAUGACCUACAGAUCGGCAUGUAUGUUGAAAAGACGAUGGACUCGGAGUUAUCUGGGAACGUCGUAGACCUCUGUCCUGUCGGUGCUUUGACCAGCAAACCUUACGCUUUCCAUGCAAGACCUUGGGAACUGAAGAAUACCGAGUCCAUUGACGUAUUAGAUGCUGUCGGUUCUAAUAUUCGAGUAGAUUCACGAGGAGUGCAAGUUAUGAGAAUCCAGCCUCGUACCAACGAUGACGUCAAUGAGGAAUGGAUCAACGACAAGACUCGGUAUGCGUAUGAUGGCCUCAAAUUCCAACGCUUGACGACUCCCCUCAUUAAAGAAGGUGAUCGCUUCGUACCUGCUUCCUGGGAAGAGGCUCUUUCUGCUAUUGCCAAUGGUCUAUCUUCUUCCGGGGCCAAAGGAGACGAGAUACAAGCUGUUGCAGGUCACUUGGCUGAUACAGAGUCGCUUGUUGCUUUGAAGGAUCUUGUCAAUCGCCUUGGUUCCGACAAUCUUGCACUCGAUCAACCGAAUGGCCACGCUCCUCCAGUCCACGGCGUUGACGUGCGUUCAAAUUACCUGUUCAACACCACUAUUCCUCGGGUGGAGAACGCCGAUGUCAUUCUUUUGGUCGGCACUAACCCGCGCCACGAAGCAGCCGUACUCAACUCUCGUAUCCGCAAGAGCUGGUUGCACACCGGUCUGGAAGUCGGACUUAUCGGCGAACGUGCUGACACAGCUUAUGGAUACGAUUACCUUGGUUCCGAUGCUAAAGCUCUGGCCGACUUCAUCGCCGGCAAGGGACCAUUUGCAGAAAAAUUCAAAGCUGCCAAUCGCCCUAUGAUCAUCGUUGGAAGCGCACUAUCGGAACAUCCCGAUGGUGCUGCAGCAUAUAAUGCCUUGUCGAAGUUUGUGGAGAAGAACAAAAGCUCACUUCUUACACCUGAGUGGACCGGAUUCUCCGUACUUCAUCGGGUCGCAUCAAGACCGGCUGCCUAUGACAUCGGCUUCGUUCCCUCGAAGAAAGCUUCAACGACCAAGCCGAAAUUCAUUUAUCUCAUGAAUGCAGAUGAAAUUGAUCCCAAAACCAUUCCCAAAGAUGCAUUCGUUGUGUAUCAAGGUCAUCACGGAGACCUCGGAGCAUCACUAGCUGAUGUUUGCUUGCCUGCUGCAGCAUACACAGAGAAAUCGAUGACUUGGAUUAACACUGAAGGUCGAUCACAACUAGGCAGAGCUGCCGUUCCUCCUCCAGGUGCAUCACGGGAAGACUGGAAAAUUAUCCGUGCUUUAUCUGAAGUCGUAGAAACCCCAUUACCAUAUGACGAUGUCCUGUCUUUGCGCGACCGCAUGUGGGAGAUCUCUCCAAGUCUGGUUCGCUAUGAUACUGUGGAACCUACCUCUAUCGACAUUGCGUUGGCGGGAUUGAAAACUCUGGCCGCAUCUACUACAGGUGCUAAAGUGUCUGGAACAGCCUUCUCAAAGCCAAUAAGUAACUUCUAUCAGACUGAUCCUAUUUCGCGGGCGUCCGUUACCAUGGCACAAUGUACCCGAGCAUUCGUGAAAGGAGAGAACUACGGGUUUGGCGAGAGUGGAAAGGCCCCUCAGGCUGCCUACGCAUAA